CGAAUACAUCGAAAAUCCGUGCCUUCAUUUAUUAUUUGUUCAUUCUAAUUUUUAUUUUAAAGAAAGUAUUUCAUUCAAUAUAUUUCCGUAUUAAAAUUGUUUUAAGCGGAUUAAACAAGAUUAAGAAGCAUGUUGUUUGUUAUGUUGAUACUUUGAACUCGGAAUGAUCAUCCAUAAAAGCGGUUAUAGCGAGCAUGUCAUUAUCUUUCGAAUAAUAAGUUAAUCGAUUGAUAAGUAUUUUUGUGUGUGAUAAUUCUUGGUGAAAUAAAAAUUAAUGUCACGUGUAGAUUGAUAGAUAGACGACAUAAUGAAACCGUUGGAUAAACAAGGAAGUUACAUAUAGAGUGUACAAAUCGCAUUGAUAAAAUUCGCUAAACCACAAUGAUAACAAAAAGUAUUUGUUAUUUUACUGCUCACAAUCUUCGAGUCAAGUCGCUCAUCUUCAAAUUCAUACGCAUUAAUUCAAUAAACAAGAGAAAGUGUCACAAGAAGCUUAAUUUUUUAUGUAAAUAGACUAAGAAUAAAACUAUCAUCCUCUUCAAUCAUUUAUAAAUAUAUGAUUACAUCGCGUGUGUGCUUACAAAUGUGAUCAAGUGCAAGUGUGAUAAAAUAAACUUAUUAUCAGGCAAUAAAAGACUAUCUCAAGAUACAAAAAAAAAAUGUCAAAGGACGUAAAAAGUAUAUCAUAUAUAUACAAAAGAAAGAAAUCAGGGACAGGAUCAUGGAAAUGGAGCAUUGUUCUAGCAUAUGGAGCUGCCAAUCUAUUAAUUAUUCCAUGCUUGACAAGUUUCGGCCUAAUAUUUAAAGACAAAUUUAAGGAACUGAAUUUUAGUGCGAUUGAAGCGACCUUAAUUCUUAAUUUGAAUUCAGCACUCGGAAUGACGCUUGGCCUAUUUAAUGGAGUUCUACUCAAAACUUUUGGAUUUAGAAAAAUUGCUUUUAUUGGUGGAACUUUAUUUUCAGCAGGAAUUACUUCUACAGCAUUUGCCACCACAUUUCAUCAUUUCCUAAUAACUUACAGCAUAAUAGCAUCUAUCGGAAUGGGAUUGUGUUCAUCGUCUUUUCAAUUAGCUUUAAAUACUUACUUUAGAGACGAUCGGAAUAAGGCGUUUGGAAUUGGAGCGACUAUAACAGGAUUUGGUCCAAUUUUGUUUCCACAUUUGAUAUCAAACCUUUUGAAUAUUUAUGGUUCUCAAGGCUGUAUUUUAAUUAUCGGAGGCUUAACUAUGAAUAUAGUUUGUGCAGCUCUCCUUCUGAGGCCUUAUAAUUUGACUGAGAAUAGCGAAAGUAAAGCAUUAAAUGCUAGUAAUGCUGAGAAUGGAAGCAUGUACAAGCCAACACCAUCUUUAAGUAAAAACUCAACACAUCUUGGUUCGUUGGAAACAAUUUCUGAUGCUGAAGGCGAAUAUCUUGAAACAUGUCCAAUUUUUCAUGAUGUUGAUACACAGAGUAUUUAUGGCUUUGAUGUUGUGCUGCAUCCUCUAACAAAUAGUGAUGAAAUUAUAUGGAAGGACUUGGAUUACAAGUUUAAGCCAAGACCGAUAGUUCGUUCUCAAAGUGAGCAUCAUAUAAGGCAACGAGUAGACAGCAUAGGCGCUGUAUCAAGUAAUGACGAUGAAGUUUUUGAAGAAGAACAGCCACAAUCUAACAAAAGAUGGUUUGAAAGUGGAUCUAUUGUGUCUGUCAACCUUGGUAGCUCAAUUGGAAUAUUUCAUGAAGAAGAAAAGGCUUUUAAUAUUCGAAAGAGUCAGUCAAGAAUGAGAGUUUUUGAUGAUAAAAGCUUUUUAGGUCGAAGAGCUUCAUUGCUCAAAAUGAAUUUAUUACAGCGAAGAGCAACUGUCGCGGCGAUUCCUGAAAAUGACUUACCAAGAAUUGAAGAAGAACCGCUGACGCCAAAGCCUCUUCAAAAAAAGCUUGAACCUGUUCAUCAUCAUCAUCCACAACCACCAGUUACAAGUACAACAGUUCAGCAACCUAUUAAAAAGAAAACUACAAUCUGUGAUCACAUACGAAAUGGUUGGAAACGAUUUGUCAAAGUUUUCGACCUCGGCUUACUUAAUGACAAGAUUUACUUGAAUAUAAUGGUUGGCAUAUCGUUUGCGAUAUUUGCUGAAAUUAACUUCUCCUUACUCACACCAUUCAUACUCAAUGAAUUCCAUUAUACGACAGAGCAUAUAGCAACAUUUAUGUCAAUUUUAGCAACUGUAGAUAUUUUUUGUAGAUUUAUUUCGCCUUUUAUUGGAGAUUAUUUUAAACAACCAGCUAGAAUUAUGUUCAUGUAUGCACUUUUUAUGCUUAUUAUUAUGAGAACAAGCUUAAUUUGUACAAACUCAUAUCAAGGGAUAUUAAUUAUAGCAAUUGGAAUGGGGUUAGCAAAAGGAGUUCGUCAAGUGUACAUGAGUUGUAUUAUUCCAAGCUACAUUCCUCUUGAUCGAUUAGCUGCUGCCUCAGGUAUUCAAAUGGUUGCCAACGGAAUCGUCCUACUUUCUAUGGGAUCUUCUAUUGGUAUCUUUCGAGACUUAUUUGGAAGCUACAAAGUUGUUGUGAUUUUCAUCAAUAUUGUGACUUUUAUAACUCUCGUUUUGUGGACGACUGAGUUGAUUUAUAUGAAACAUAUGAAUUCUAAACGUGCCAAAGAAAUGGAACAAAAUCAAAUACCUGAGCUGUGUAAAUUUGAUAUAGAAGUCAAUUGAAUUAUGUUAUUUAUUGUUAAAUUAAAUGAACUAUAAUUAGUAGCCCUCGAAAUAAAGAAUUAUGAAGUCAAAACAUAAGUGCAGUUUACUUCAGGACUCAAUUUCCCACUUACCAAAAUUACUUCCGAAUGACUCAUGGAUUGCAAAAUUAUCACGUCGAAUCAACAAGUUAUUUCUAGUAUCCAUAAACCAUCCAGAAGUGUUUACAUAUUUGAAGAGCAGCACAGCAAUUGAGAAGGAAAGCAAGCGCCAAGUUGAUUCAAAAUAUUUCAUUAUUCAUCCUCUAUCAGAGUUCCGUAAAUACUGGAAUAUUAUCAUUUUCGUGACAAUUUUUGUACACCAGUUAUUGACAGCAUUUUCGGUCGGUUUUUUCAUGGAUUUAUCAGGUUCAACUGUUUACACUCUAUUUGCAAUUGAUGGGAUCAUGUGCUUGCUAUUAUGGAUUGAGAUUAUUAUUUCUUUCCGGACUGGAUUUAUUGUGAAAGAGACAAAUGAAAUUGUUUUGGAUCCGAAGAUUAUUGCAAGGAAAUACAUGAUAAAAUUCGUACCUGAUGUCAUUACAUCCAUUCCGUACAUUUUAAUAAUUACAAGCUUACAUUUUGAAGAGAAUAAUUCGCUAAUUACAGAAUCGACAGUUGCUAGCAUGCUAAUUUUAUUCAUUUUGUGUUUGUAUCGUUUUAAUCGGUUCCAUUCAUA